CGAAUCGUUGCCAGAAUGGCGGUACUUGCAUACAGACCCCAGGGUCAUGUACAGACUAUACAUGUACAUGUGCUGGAUGCUACACAGGACAGUACUGUCAAGAUCUUAUUGAUCCAUGCUCUAACCAGCCAUGUCUGAAUAAUGGUUUCUGUAACCGUGUUGGUUCCUCCUGUACAAAUUAUCAAUGUACCUGUCAAGGCUGCUACACCGGGACUACCUGUGCAACACUCCUCGAUCCAUGCCAGCCAAAUCCCUGUCAGAACGGUGGCUUUUGUACAUCACAGCAAGGGUCAUGCACCCAGUACCAGUGUUUCUGUCUACAGUGCUAUACAGGAACGAACUGUGAAAGUUUUAUUGAUGCAUGUCAGAACAACCCAUGCCAGAAUGGAGGAACAUGUCUUGCAGUUCAGGGAUCAUGUACACAACUUACCUGUACCUGUCUUGGCUGCUACACGGGUACAUUCUGUGAAACAUUGCAAGAUCCGUGCCAGUUUAAUCCUUGUGGGAAUGGUGGUACUUGUUUAGAAGUCUCCUGCACACAGUAUUCAUGCUUGUGUGGAGCCUGCUAUCUAGGAAACAACUGUGGUCAAAGAAUCAACCAGUGCCAGCC